AUGUCAGCUGACCAAGUUUUCCACUCCCGGUCUGAGGGUAUCCCCUCUGAGGGAGUAAAGGACCAGUAUGCGGACGGUAAGGCGGCCAGAGCAUGGAACAAGUUCAUCGGUGACAGCAACCAGAGGACACAGAACUACAAGGACUUCUUGACCGGUAUUCUGAGAAAGCACGGCUGUAAGAAUGUACUUGAUACUGCCUGCGGCACCGGUAUAGACUCAAUGAUGUUAAUCGACGAAGGCUUCAAGAUGGUGUCCAUCGACGCGUCAGACAAAAUGUUGAAGCACGCGCUAAAAGCUCGGUGGGACAAGAGAAAAGAGUCUAAUUACGACGAAUGGAUUAUUGAAGAAGCAAAUUGGGAAACUUUGCCAUCUGACAUUGAAACAUUUCUACCUGGCACUAAAUUUGAUGCUGUCAUUUGCCUCGGGAACUCAUUCGCCCAUCUUCUAGACGAGUACGGGGACCAGAGGAUGCAGAAAAUGUGCCUGAAGAACUUCGCCAAAUGCUUGAAACCUGGUGGACUGCUGUUUAUUGACCAUAGGAAUUAUGACGCUAUGAUUGACAGCGGUGCAACACCUGGACAUUCUAUUUAUUAUAAUUGCAAAUAUCCAGUAGACAUCAAAACGUCAGUGUUGGUCGUCGGCGGAAAACCUCAACUAAUUGCGUUAGAUUAUUGCAUCACAACUGAUAAAGAAAGCAAUGAGACGAGUGAAUUCCGUCUGUGUUAUUACCCACACAAGCUUGAGAAGUUCACGAGGAUGUUAGACGAAGCGUUCGACAACCGUGCCAAACAUCACAUCUACGCCGACUUCAAGCCAAUGGACCAAGUGUCAGUACCUGGAUUCUUUAUACACGUAUUAGAAAAAGCAAAAAAUUAA